AUGAAGAACCAAUCGAAGAAAACGAACUGGAAAAGAGAGAGUGAAAUUAUCAGUGAGCCGCUGGAAUCAGAGUGCUCUAGGUUACCACAGCCAGAAGACGCUAGGGUUUUGCGGAUAGACGAGGUUGAAGAAUGUGAUGAUGAUAUCAAUGAAUGGGGAAUUAAUGAGGGUAUACGGCCGCCAUUACUUGCUCCUCCACCGGGUAUAUCAAUGUCACGAGUGGUGGUGGAUAACCUGAGUUCCAGUUGGGAGCUAAUUUGGGGUUUUGCUACAAAGGAUGAUGAAGACUCUACAUCGCUUGGGGCAAUUCAAAUAGUUGGGGAUUCAAAUGAAGAUGACAAAAUCGAUGUUCAUGAAUGA